UUUGCCACAAGGGUGGUCAGACACAAUCAGCACCUAGUGAGGGGGCUGGUUCCCUGUGUCUGCCAGUGUUUCAGAGACUGUGCUCUCAAUAGUAUGCCUUAAACUUUGGUUAGCCCUGAAGAGAUCAGGUCUUUCGAAGGUCUUUUCCAACCGUUCUCUCUUCCAUUCACUCUGACGGGCAAAUGUGUGUCAGAAUUAAGUUAGGGACUUAAAAACUGAAGUAAUGUAAAAUAUGUAUUGUGUGUGUUUUUUAUUUCUUCUAACCUUUCUAAUGCAGAAAGGUCGCAUUUUCCCAGCAUCUGGCUGUAACUGGAGUUGGAACAUCUCCCAAGUAUGUAUAGCAUUUGUCAUAGCAGACCUAAACCAGUAAGCUGUUGGUUUUACAGAAAUAAAGGCUGUAUUAGCUUUAAUACAUUAGUACUAUAAUUAUGAACUGCAUUAUUCAGCUAUUACAUGUAUUCACAAUGAAAACACUACUUUUAUUUCAUGCGGUACAUUGAGAAAGUACUUAUAAAGUACAACUUGCAGUAUUAAUGUAAGCUACGACCCAGCAAGCUGUUAAGUAGACCUGCAGCCUCUCAGCUCCCAGGUGCACAAGGACUCCAGAACAACCUUGUCUAAACUUAUGGACAAAAACCUUCACUGAAAUCCUCUAUUGUAGGUAGUAGUUCUUUCGUGUCUGACUUCAGGUGUGUCUUUAGGUAUCUGCAGCUUUACAGCAGCUCUUGAUUAGAGCGAGGUGGUUAACUGUUGUGUGGUGAAUUGCAGAAUGCGUGGUUUUUAAAAUAAAGCCAACAAGAACACCUGUGGAGGGGAGAAAAAACAUCUGAGGCGUUGAGGUUGCCUCCGCUGCAAGGAAGAUAUAAAACAGACCCUGCGUUGCACCAGCACAGCUGUGACAGAGCAAACCCACACUGUGCAGCCAGGCCUCAGGGCUGCGUUCCCGCCACUGCGCAGCCUGAGGCUGAGAGGGCAGCAUGGCGGCAGGGGGCAGCCGUGGGGACCCCUUGGCCAUAGAGCCACUGCCUGAGCCCCAGCCCGAGAUGUCCCCAGCUGAGGGGCUCGGGGGGGACCAGGAGCAAAUGGCAGAGAUUCAAUUUAAAAUUCUAAGAGGGCACGGCGAUACUGUGAGUUCCUGCCAUUUUUGCUGUGAAGACUCAAAAGUACUUUCAUGCUCUUAUGACAGAACAGUGAAGCUCUGGGAUGUUGCCGAAGGAUUUCCUGUUCAAAUUUUUGAAGAACACACAGCCCCAGUUUCUGAAUGCAACUUGAGUCCUGACAAUAGAAGGAUGGUGACAUCAUCCUAUGAUAACACUGUCAAGACCUGGGAUAUGGAAACAGGAAAAGUGCUUUGGACAAUAGAACAUGAAGGCAUCGUAACUUCAUGUAAUAUUUCCCAUGAUGGCAAAUAUGUGGUAUCUGGCUCAGAUAAAGGCAAUGCCAUAUCUGUUUUUGAUGCAGUAAGUGCAACAGAGGUGGUAUGUGUCCAAGGUCAUCACAGGAGUACAAUCACAAGAUGCUGUUUUGAUCCUGAUAAUCAGAGGGUGACUUCAGUAUCAUACGAUAAGACUAUAAAGCUGUGGGAUAUGGUAGCUCGAUCCACCUCAAUUACAAUUAAAGAGGGACACAGCAAUGCUAUCUCAGAUUGUUGCUUUACAUCUGAUGGUCGAUACUUAUGCACAGCAUCCUGGGACAGGAGCUUAAAAAUAUGGGAUGUAAAGACAGGAGAAUUUCGGAGUCGUGGACCUGUUACCUUGAACCAGGGACAUGAGGGUUCUGUUAGUUCCUGUUGCUUUAGCCAAGAUGCAUCACUUGUAGUGUCUGGUGGAUAUGACAACGCUAUAACCAUAUGGGAAACAGAUGCAGGAUAUAAGAAGUUAAGCUUAAAGGGCCAUUGGGACUGGGUGACAGAUGUUGCAAUUAGUGAAGACAAGAAGUGGAUUCUUUCAGCCUCAAAGGAUUCUACUUUGAGACUGUGGAAUAUUGAAAGGAUGGAUCGCAUACCUUCAGUGAUAGAAAGCAGAAAAGAAAAAGGCUCAAAAAUUGCUCAGUGUGAAGAAUGUGAAAGACCUUUCUUAAGCCUGCAGCAUGGUGGCUUUGAAGUGAUAUCCAAGUGUGUAUUCUGUCGUCUGUCUUCUCCAGCAAGAAGUAUUUUGCCAUUGCCACCUUCCAUCCCUCCUGAUCUUUAA